AACGGCUUACGUCCCUCCUUGUUCUCUCCUCUCUCGUGUAAAUCUCUUGCUUUUACUUUUGUGUCUACCUCUUCCUCUUCCUCUUCUGUCUGUUCCCUCGCCAUGGCGUCUAUCACCCGUGCGUUGCGGCCUCUGUCCCGCACUGCUCCCUCCCUCCGUCCGGCCGCCCGACGCCCGCUUCCCUACCGAUACCGAUUGGCUCAAUGCACUUCUACAUUCUCCACCACAACCCGGCUGCAAGACCCGGACCUCUCGCACCUCACCCCGACGCCGAUCUCGCUGCUCUCCGAGACCGAGACGUUCCUGCACGAAUCAGUCUCAAAGUUCGCCGCGGAGCAGAUCGGCCCGAAGGUGCGCGACAUGGACGAGGCCGAGACCAUGGACGGGACCAUCGUCGAGCAGCUCUUCGAGCAGGGGCUCAUGGGCAUCGAGCUGCCGGAGGAGUACGGCGGCGCCGGCAUGAACUUCACGGCGGCGAUCGUGGCGAUCGAGGAGCUGGCGCGCGUCGACCCCAGCGUCAGCGUGCUGGUCGAUGUGCAUAAUACGUUGGUCAACACGGCGAUUCUAAAGUACGGGGAUGCCCAGGCCAGGAAGACCUGGUUGCCGAAGUUGACGACCGGCACGGUGGGCUCGUUCUGUCUGAGUGAGCCGGCGAGUGGGUCGGAUGCGUUUGCGCUGCAGACCAAGGCUGAGAAGACCGUCGAUGGGUAUAAGAUUAAUGGAUCGAAGAUGUGGAUUACGAAUGCGAUGGAGUCCGGCAUCUUUAUUGUCUUUGCGAACUUGAACCCGGCCCAGGGGUACAAGGGCAUUACGGCGUUUAUUGUGGAGAAGGAUACCCCGGGGUUCUCGAUUGCGAAGAAGGAGAAGAAGUUGGGCAUUCGGGCCAGUAGCACCUGCGUGCUGAACUUCGAUGAUGUGGUCAUUCCCAAGAGCAAUCUGCUGGGCGAGGAGGGCCAGGGAUACAAGUAUGCCAUUAGCGUGCUGAAUGAGGGCCGCAUUGGUAUUGCGGCCCAGAUGACCGGUCUGGCCCUGGGUGCUUGGGAGAACGCUGCUCGUUACGUCUGGAAUGACCGCCGCCAGUUCGGCCAACUGAUCGGUAACUUCCAGGGCAUGCAGCACCAGCUGGCCCAAGCCUACACCGAGAUUGCCGCGGCGCGCGCUCUCGUCUAUAAUGCGGCUCGCAAGAAGGAAGCCGGCCAGGAUUUCGUCCAGGACGCCGCCAUGGCCAAGCUGUACGCCUCGCAGGUCGCCGGUCGCGUGUCCGGCUCCGCCGUCGAGUGGAUGGGCGGCAUGGGAUUCGUGCGCGAAGGCAUCGCCGAGAAGAUGUUCCGCGACAGCAAGAUUGGCGCCAUUUAUGAGGGAACGAGUAACAUCCAACUGCAGACCAUCGCGAAGCUCCUGCAGAAAGAGUAUACCCAAUGAGUGUGUGCGAUAAUGCUGGCUAGAAAUGUGCCAUAGGCCUAAUUUUUCUUCUUCUUCUUUUCUCCUGUUCUCUUCUUUUCAUCUCUUUCUAUUGGUUUUAUGAAUUGAUGUUCAACGUAACUAAGUUGGCGCAAGCGCUAAGUACCACAGACUGAUUGCUGUUUGGUUCGUUCUGACCACGAAGAUCCACUCCACUGUGCUUCUUUUUGCACUGGAGUUGGGUAUCGACGUGGACGAUGAUGCAUAAUGAUCAUUCUGUAUGAUGGAACCGUCAAUUAUAGAAUGCGAGACCGAAUGAUGUGAUCUUAUAAAAGGAUUCUGCCUUUCACAUCGUGAUCUAUAUUUAGCAGAUCACCCGGUUCCCCCUGGCCAUCGCCUGUCUACUUCAGUCAUAUAUUUAGUAUAACUUCCUUG